AUGAUCAAGACCGUCUUAUUGUUGGCCUUCCCCGCCAUUACCUGCGCUUUCCUCUUCCCUUCAGCCGGAGGAGGCUGUGGCUGUGCCCCACCACCACCCCCACCAUGCCCACCUUCCUUCAACCUCCCACCCCCACCAGCCCUCUCUCUACCCCCUCCACCACCACCACCAUGCCCACCAAGCUUCGCUCUACCCCCACCACCAGCCUUCUCGUUGCCACAGUUGCCAGCUGCUCCAUCAGGCUGCGGAUGCGGAAGAAAGAAGAGAUCGACUGAAGAAGCCCCAAUCAAGUGCUCCGAGAUCGUCGAUGUGAUCGAAAAGGUAAGUCUUAUUUAAAACAAUUACCUAUUGCCUGAGGUAUCAUUUGAUAUCAACGAUUACAAGUUCAUAGUUUUGUUAUUACGAGUACUAGAAUCAAAGUUGCUUUAAAAUUAUUAAAAUCUACAUUUCAGGAGCUCGCUGAAGAAGACACCGUCAAGCUCGCCUCCAUCAUCGAGAAGGUGUUGAAGGAGGAGUACAAGACCGAGAACGUGGCCAUCUCCUGUGUCCCAACCAAGGGAUUCACCUUGAUCCCAUUGGAAGGAAAGAAGGCUUGUGCCGCUGGCAACGACAAGACCACCUGCGUCGUCUUCCACUAA